CACGACACUGUGUAAUUAAACUUUCAUUAAACAUUUAAUCUAGUUUAAAUAAAUACAUAUUUGGUAGUUUCAUUAAGACUGAUGUUUGAGGAUUUCAGCAAAAAAGUGGAAAAUUAUUAAUGUGUAAUGUUUUUAUAGCAGCUUUUAGGACCUUUUAGUUCUGUAAUGACCUGAAAGGGUAGUAAAAUGAGCCAGAAGGGUUAAAAAAAUAACAACACAUCAUGUUUGUCUCUGUGCUGCUCACCUGCGCUUGUGUUUACUCAUUUGUACACCUGUAAGAACCAGACGAUGUAAGAGCUCAAACCUUCUAACCCAGCUUCCUGGUCCACCAGCCAGCAUGACCAGCCUCCAGCUCAGUGCCAAGGAGGAGAUGGUGGAGAAGUUUCUGGACGCUGCAGCCAGAGGAGAUCUGAACCAGGUGUCCACGCUGCUCAUCCACAUUCCCUCACUUAUCAACCAAUCAGGCUACAGCGGCUGGACGGCGCUGAUGCUCGCAGCUCGCAACGGACACCAUCAUGUGGUGGAGAAGCUGCUGUCGCUCGGAUUCUCUCUCAUCUUUUCCUCUUUGUCUUCGAGCUGUGACAAGUUCUCCGUCAACAACUCGUCUCAGACCGCCUACGAUAUCGCCAGGUUCUGGGGUCACAGACAUAUCAGCAACCGGCUGAGCCGAACAGAUGACGCCUGCCAGCGAGUCCUGCUGAGCAGCGACCUCAGCCCGACGGAGAACUACUUCAGCCGGGAGACGCUGGACCGGCUGAGCAGGAAGAGGACGGAUAAGGUCUGGCUGGAGGCCAAGCAGAGCCACCCAGACACAGUCUACCUGUUGUUCUCCAACCUCAGCCCCAUGGUCACCAAAUGUGAGGAGGACGAUGGUGAGCGGGGUGAAACCCGGCUGUGUCGGUUCACAUUCGAUGCCGUUCAGGACCUUCUUCAGAAACCUGCGACUGUGCUCAUCUUCCUUGGAGUGGAGAGGAAGAAUCCCUCCUCUUCCUCCUGGUCACGGUCAGAUGACGGUUCCCUGGAGCCUCCCGCUUGGUUUGCCUUCAACACAGACGCAGACGCUGCUGAACUCCUGAAACGCUGCAGAGAAAAGAACUGCUUCUUCCCCAAGACUCCCAACAGAGACCUGCUGCAGCUCAGCGAGGACGAAGCUGGCGUGGUGGCUCAGGCCCGAUCGGUUCUGGCUUGGCACAGCCGUUACAGUUUCUGUCCCACGUGUGGCAGCAGCACUCGGCUGGAGGAGGGAGGAUACAAGAGGAGCUGCCUGGACUCUGGCUGCAGGAGUCUGCAGGGGGUCCACAACACCUGCUACCCUCGAGUCGACCCGGUGGUCAUCAUGCUGGUGAUCCAUCCUGAUGGAAACCAGUGUUUACUGGGGAGGAAGAAGAUCUUCCCUGCAGGAAUGUUUUCCUGUUUAGCUGGAUUUGUAGAGCCUGGGGAAACGAUGGAGGAGGCGGUGAGGAGGGAGGUGGAGGAGGAGAGCGGCGUGAAGGUCGGUCCGGUCCAGUACGUCUCCUCCCAGCCCUGGCCCAUGCCCUCCAACCUCAUGAUUGGCUGCCUUGCUGUUGCCGUGUCAACCGACAUAAAAGUGGACGAGAAUGAGAUCGAGGAUGCUCGAUGGUUUCCAAGGCAACAGGUUAAGACUAAUUCUAGGAAUCAUAAUGAAAGAAAAAGCUGAUUCCCUUUCUGGAAGGGACCGGUACAGCCACAUUCUUUCAUGAUAUCUACGGACUCAAAAAAAAGUCAUAAAAAUUUUGCAGCUGCAAAUGAAAGUUUGUAAAGUUUUGUCAUCCUGUAAAAGAAGAAAUCUACUGGAGAAAUUCCAGUUCGUGAACGUGUAGAAAAGAAUCUGCGUUGCUGUAAACAAGAUUUCAAGGUAACUUUACCGACACCUGAAGGAAGACGCCAUCUUUUCUACAGAAACAGACACAAAAGGCACAAACACAAAAAGUGAGAACUCAUCUGAGGCUCGGAGAGAAAGAAGUGCAUUAAAGCUAUAAGAAGAAUCAAACACCUAAAAUAUAAGUUAAUAAGUUAACCCAGUGGUUCCCAAACCUUUUCUGCUGGCCUUUCAUCAGUGUCAGGACAUCAUCAGAUUUUCUAAAAUUAGAUCAGAACCAAUUUCUACAUAAAAUGUUUACGUGAACAAAAACACGCUGAUGUUUCUGUUUUUUGUCAGUUCAGUCUGAAUUUCACUUUGAACCUUUCUUUAGGUGAUCGACUCGUUCAGAGGAGCCUACCCUGCCUUCGUCUUCCCUCCCAGACAGACCAUCUCCCACCAGCUGAUCAGACACUGGAUCAGGAUGAACUCCAACCUCUAACCUCCAGA